GUAGUGUGGUGCGCGUUUUUUGUGUUGGGAAAAUAUGGCACACUAUCAGAACCAGUACGGGGAUGCCACAGGCAGGUCGACGGAUGAGUACGGGAAUCCGGUUAAUUAUUAUGAUCAGAGGAGCGGCACGGCAGGACACGGAGGCACCGAAGCCGCCGGGAGGGGUCAUCAUCAGGGGCUUCACCGGACGGGGAGCUCGAGCUCGAGCUCGUCGGAGGAGGAUGAGGUGGUGGACGAGAACGGGGUGAGGAGAAAGAAGGGAAUGAAAGAGAAGAUAAAGGAGAAGAUACCGGGAGUAGGAGGCCAUCACUCAUCUCAUGUCCAGCACACAUCCACCACCACUCCUGGCGGUGCUGUUUCCAGUGAGCAUCACCACGACAAGAAAGGUUUCGUGGACAAGAUCAAGGAAAAGCUUCCCGGUCACAACUGACUUCCUGCUCCGAUCCUAUCUGUGCUUUUUUUUUCCCCUCCUUUCUUUUUUUUUGUUGGGAUCAAAAUAAAGGCAACUGCUCUUCUGUAUGUUGUGGCUACUUCCAUGUGUCCACAUAUGUAAGAUUGCCCUUCAUCUUUGUGUGUAACAAUUUUAUUUCUCAAAAAAAAUCC